UGCGUGUCGAAGGUCACGGCGCGCUCACAAUGGAGCUCUCCGAGUCUGUGCAGAAAGGCUUCCAGAUGCUGGCGGAUCCCGGCUCCUUCGACUCCAACGCCUUCACGCUUCUCCUCCGGGCGGCUUUCCAGAGCCUGCUGGACGCCCAGGCGGACGAGGCCGUGUUAGAAUAAUAAGAAUUCCCUAGAAAUCCUACUGGGAAGCAUAGGUAGAUCUCUCCCUCAUAUAACGGAUGUUUCUUGGCGCUUGGAAUAUCAGAUAAAGACCAAUCAACUUCAUAAGAUGCACAGGCCUGCAUAUUUGGUGACCUUAAGUAUACAGAACACUGAUUCCCCAUCCUACCCAGAGAUUAGUUUUAGUUGCAGCAUGGAACAAUUACAGGACUUGGUGGGGAAACUUAAAGAUGCUUCGAAAAGCCUGGAAAGAGCAACUCAGUUGUAACUUGGGGAAGUUAACGAUCCGCCCGAGUGCAGAGGAAAACCAGAAACGCCUUGCCUUGAGCUGAACCACCGUUUGUGCGAGCUGGAUGUUCUUUUCAGUAGAAAAGAAUUUUCCUUUUGAAUUUAUACCAUUCAUCAAUUUUGACACUUUUAAAAACACGUGUGAAAGGGUUAAGAGGGAAAGAUACUGCCCAAGUAUUGAAUCGUUUAGUACUAACUGUCCAUUUAUUCUAUUUUGAUCUUUUUCAAGUCUUCUGAAAGGAAGUAGACAGUAUUACACCCUGAAUAAAUAAGGUGUUGUUUUCCACAAAGAGUGAUGAUAUUUUGUUUGGAUCUGAAUUCGUGUGUUAAUUAUUACUUUAUGUGAAGCUAGAUAGGAGUAGUGUGAACUUUUAACGAUAGCCUUUUCUCAGGAUUAAAGUUAAACAAGGAGUAAAGGAUGCGAUCCCCCCGGGUCUGUCGCAGAACCCUGCUUCGGGACUCUGGGGGCCGGGGCGGGCGCGGGCGGCUGCGCGGCCCGUUACCUGCGCCCGAGGGCUCGCCCACAUCCCGACCCUCGGCCGCCGGCUCCCGGCCCGGCGCGGAGCCCCUGCCCGGAGCCAGCCGUCGCCCGCGCGCGCCCCGCCUCGGCCGCCGGCGGGCGGGGAAGAGGCCGGCGCGGCCGCGGGCGGGCGGGCAGGGGCGGGCGCUGUUGUUUCUGCGAGCCCAACUCGGGCGCAGGUUCCGCGCCGCGGCGCCUGAGCCUGGGCCGCAGCCCGCGGGGCCGGCCGGGGGACGGCGGCCGGGGGACGUAUGCGCCCCGGGAGGAGGCGGGCGGCCGGGAGAAAGAAAGAACGGGGGGCGGGGUGGACUGCGCGGCGUGCGGGGCCGGAGUGGCGGCCGCGCGGAGCAAGGCGGCGCGUGUGGCGCUGUGGAGAAAUGUCUCCACCGCCGCGGCGCGGGGCGAGGGAGGGGGCCGGGCGCGCGGCGCAGAGGGGAGGGGGCGGCCACGGGCCUGACUACACCGACACUAAUUCCCAGGCCGCCCUUAAGGAAUGAGGGGAGCACGUGACCCGCUGGGGGGGCGGCGGGGG